GUUUCAUUUGAUAUUGUGUAUUUCAAGUCAAGAUGAAAGACCGUGUAAAACUGAUGCACAGUUUCAAAUUCAUAAUGAUAUUGGCAGGACUUUGGCGUCUGAAACUUACAGAUAACAGGUUCUAUCAAUGGUUAUAUUUGCUGUAUUCAAUGGUGCUUCAAGCGCUGUUUACCCUUCUAACUUUCGGGUCAAUUCGGAACAUCUCAGAAGCAAUAUCCAAUAGAGAUUAUACAGGGGUCAUCGAUAAUAUUUGGUUGUCCCUUCUAACCAUGGUCAUUUUAUUUAAGAUGAUAAUGUUCCAGAGAAAGCGCUUUUUAGAUUUAAUUCUCCAAAGUAUAGAUGAGGAAAGCAAAAUAUAUACUGAAGAAACCACAUGUAUUCAAGAGAUAUUUGAACACAACUAUAAGAUUGUAAAACACAUUAUACUUCUGGUAUGCGUAUGUGUAUCCUCGUCGGGAUUCUCAGUAUGCGUUUGUAAUACUAUAACGUACUUUCAAUACCGACAUAUUAAUCAAACUGAAAUGAAGCCGAUGAUGGCACCACAUAUUCAGUUUCCUCUGAACCGACACAAAUAUUUUAUGGAAACAUACCUGUUAAGUAUCGGUACAACUUUUGGCGGCGUGAUAUAUUAUACACUUACUCAAGUUUAUUUUGUUGUUGUGACGGCUUUUGUGAUAUCUCAAUUAAAGAUUAUACAACGACUGGCCCGAGAUUUUCACUUAUACUCUAAUGGUGGCGACCAAGAAAAUGAAGCGUUGACUGUUUUCAGGAAGAUAUACAACAAACAUCUUUAUAUUAUCGAUUUUGUUGGAGAGCUGAACGUGCUCAUGAAAUACCUAAUAUUCGUCGAGUGCACCGUCAUUUCGAUCAUAAUAGCAUCUGUACUUUUUCAACUUAUAUUCGUGCCCACAUCUUUAGCAGCAUCGACAUUAUACAUUGCAGUGAGUUGCACUGUGUUGUCCCAAAUAUUUGUCCUAUCAUGGAUUUCAAAUGAGAUUGAAGUGGAAAGCUUGUCAAUAUCGGACGCACUAUUUGAGAGCCGUUGGUAUGAACAAACCCAGAAAGUAAAGAAGAUUAUUAUUAUUAUUAUGAUGCGCUCGAGGAAACCAUUACGUAUCAUGAUUGGACCGUUUUAUCCGCUUACCAUACACACUGCUCUUAAUAUUAUGGGAACGUCAGUAUUUUGUGUCCUAACAGUCUUCUUAUGGGCAGUGGACUAUGUUAAUUCUCAUGGCCGGCUCAUAGAACCUCCUUCUAGAGCCUCAGCCUGGAGAUAUGGGUUUGACACUCCUCAUAACUACAACGAUCAUGAGCUGUACUGUGGGGGAUUUACCAGGCAAUGGGUGAAGAACGACGGCAAAUGCGGAAUUUGCGGAGAUCCUUGGGACACCAAAAAACCUCGAGCGCACGAAUUUGGUGGAGUUUAUGGACAGGGAGUUAUCGUUCGUAAAUAUGCUGUUGGGGGAAUAGCAAAUAUACGUGUGGAACUGACAGCAAAUCAUAACGGUUAUUUUGAGUUUAGAUUAUGCCCUGACUAUAAAACGGCAACACAGAAUUGUUUGGACCAAAAUAUUCUGAAACUGAUGAAGCCUCAAGAGGGCGUUGACCACAGGAACUACCGGUAUUUCCCGAAAGAGGGAAACAGGAUUUAUGAAAUGAAAUAUAGAUUACCAAAGAAAACUUGCAAACAUUGCGUUUUGCAGUGGAAAUAUGUUGCUGGGAACAACUGGGGUAAUUGUCCCAACGGAACCGGAUCAGUGGGAUGUGGUCCCCAAGAAGAGUUUCGAGCAUGUUCUGACAUCAGGAUUGAUGGAAGUGCUUCUGACGGUCCGGAGAUGAUACCUACUCAAACCACUAGUCACGAAGACGAAGACGAAUACAAUGAAAUAAUACCAACGAAUACCAUACCCGACAAAGAACCUAAUGUCUACAAUCCAAUUUUCGCACUCACUAUUUCAAUUGCAUCUUUUUUAGUCGCAUUUUUAAUUUUAUUCCUAUUAUUUUGUCACUAUUACCAGGUUGGUGACCAUAUAUGGAACAAACUUAAACCAGAAACAUCUAGAGGUGAAACCAGAAUGGGUAACAUUCGAAGCUAUCCUCCGAUAGCUCCUCUCAGGUUGAAAAAGGGAUUAUCUUUCCAACCGACUUCAAAUAUAUGUGAUAAGAGUCAGAACAAUAUACCUUAACCUAAGAGAAACAACACUAAAACAAUAUAUCGCCAAAGUUGAUCACCCGAAGUGGUACCUACAUAAAAACAAUUUAGUUUUAAAACAAAAUUAUUUUAAAGAUGAAUUGUCAAGAAAUCAGCAAUAAAUUGAAAAUAAAACGUCUUAUUACUGUAACAUAAAUUUUCUAUAAAAAAUGGUUCUACCUUUUUACAUGUGACAGGUAUUAUGAAUAAGGUGGCGGUCCCGCUCAAUCGUCGUGAUUUGCCAUUUUAAAGUUACAAGGCUUCUGUGCCGGCGUUGGUUGUUUUACGCAAUGAACAUUUUUUCAAGACUUAACAUUUUGAGGUGUGUAUUUUCAAAAAAUAAAAAGUUGAGAAAUAUUUGGUGCCACCGCGUUGGAUGUGAUCGUUUAUUGGCAAGAUCGACAGAUAAUUUGUUUAAGUACAUUUAUUUGUACUAGACAUUUUCAUGAUGUGUGUUUCAAUGCAAACGGGAGACUGUUAGUAAAUUGUCUAAAAAUAAAUUACCUUACAAACA